ACCUUGGUUUAUAACUCAGAUAUAUUGAUCAUUGCGGAACAAGAUUAAUUAACUCAAAUACUCCGAGGGUCUCGACCACGGACGAUCCUCGGUGACUUUCUACAUUCUAUCAGGAUAGCAUUAGCAGAUGGCUUUUUAUCUUUAAUCCUUUAAAGUGGGCAGACUUUGCCAUGACAAGGCUCCAGGUAGUUGCUAAGAGACUGACACAUCCUGCAUUGAAGCUGCAAAAUCCUUAAGAGUUAAUGAGUUCAUCUGGAUACUAGUCAAGACAGCCAAAGAGGAGAUAACCGAAAUUGAAUGAUCAAUUUACUUACUUACUCACAGCAGACAUUAUUAGAGUGGAAAAUUAAUGGUUCUCUUGGAGAUGAAGCCUUGAUAGUUGCGUUAAACCAUCACUGUCCAGUUUCUCCCUGAAUCUUAUGGUAGGCCCCCAACCGAGAACUAAGAUCCAAAAGAUUUUUCUUUUCCCAACCCAGCAAUUAAAAAAAAAAUGUGCUUCAAAAUAUCAUACAACUACGAAUGCACCCACCCCAUGACAUCGUCCUCAUGGGAACCCCCCGACGUCUGCCAGUGUCCGGCGGCAGUCCAGAGCGACGGCACCGUGCAGCGCUGCGGGACCGGCGGCGGUACGGGCAUCCACGUACACGUCUUGAUAUACCGUAGCGUCUGCGCCGCGUGCUGGUCGGCCGAGUGGCUGACGUAUCACGGCUGGGGCUGCUGCCAGUGCAGCGAGGAGAUGGAGGAGGGGGCGACGAUGUGCGCGGACGAGGACUGCCGCCACGAGGUCUGCGAUGGAUGCCACGCGCGGUACGAUUGCGACUGCCCCAACUGCGGAACCGAGAUACGCCAGAACGAGAACUGGUGUCCGACCUGUAGCUUUCUUGUUGUUCCGCCCGAGCUGUCCAUUUACAAUCAGGACCCAGUCGUUAAUUCGCAAUCGCAUUCGCAGUAG